GGUAUUUGUGUGUGAGUGACUAAACUAUUAAACACCAGCAGGCUAACAGAUAUUGUAUAGAUAUGUAUUACAUAUAUUUAAAAGCUUACACUGUGGCCAGACCCAGACCAGGCCAGUAGUCUGCAGUAUACGUUUAAUAUUUCUGUGAAAUUGAUGUGGUCUAUAGACAUUGCGCUAUAGCAUAUCUACUGGCAGUCACAGUGAAUGGUGACGAUUGUGAAGGAUAUAAUAAAAAGUGAGUAGAGCAGAUCGUUCUUCAUCACCCAUUUAAUCGAAUUUUUAUCAAGGACUGAUAUAAAUUAUUUUAUUUAAUUCGCCUACUUUCAUAUAUUAUUUAUUUAAUUUAUUACAAGUGACGUGUUCAUUAAUUAUUACAAUUUAUAAAAAAGCUUGUGCAUUAAUGACUCACUAAAUUAAUUAAUUAGGUGACACAAAUUUUAUUUAUUUUGUUCUGUUAAAGUUAGGAAACCAUCAAAAUGUUCAGCUGGCUAACGCGGGAAGGCAACGACAAACAAGAUCUUUUUGACAAUGUAACGCAGGGCCUUAAUCAAAUCUACAAAACAAAGCUGCUGCCUCUAGAGCAGCACUACCAGUUCCAUGAUUUUCACUCGCCUCAGCUAGACGACCCCGAUUUUCAUGCCAAGCCGAUGAUCCUCUUGGUCGGUCAGUACUCGACCGGUAAAACGACUUUUAUUAAAUACCUUCUGGAGCGAGAUUUCCCGGGUAUUAGGAUUGGACCUGAGCCUACAACUGACCGAUUCAUUGCGGUAAUGUACGACCAGAAAGAGGGCGUAAUACCCGGAAACGCUUUGGUAGUCGACCCUUCGAAACAAUUCCGUCCGUUAGCUAAAUUCGGAAACGCUUUUCUCAAUCGUCUGCAAUGUUCUACACUUCCGUCCCCGGUUUUAAAAGGAAUCUCAAUAGUAGACACACCGGGAAUCCUCUCCGGGGAAAAACAACGCGUAGACAGAGGCUAUGAUUUUACUGGAGUGCUAGAAUGGUUUGCGGAACGAGUCGACCGAAUAAUUUUGCUAUUUGACGCCCACAAAUUGGACAUUUCCGAUGAAUUUCGCCGGUCAAUUGAAGCUCUACGCGGGCAUGAUGACAAAAUACGAAUUGUCCUUAAUAAAGCGGACAUGAUUGAUCACCAACAGCUGAUGCGAGUCUACGGUGCUCUUAUGUGGUCGCUUGGUAAAGUUUUACAAACUCCAGAGGUAGCACGUGUUUACAUCGGGUCAUUUUGGGAUCAACCUUUGAGAUACGACGUCAAUAGAAGACUUUUUGAAGCAGAAGAGCAGGAUUUAUUCAAAGACAUGCAAUCACUUCCAAAAAAUGCAACUCUCAGAAAAUUAAAUGAUCUGAUCAAGCGAGCGAGGCUGGCUAAAGUCCACGCUUACAUCAUCAGCGCGCUCAAGAAGGACAUGCCCUCGGUGUUUGGAAAGGAUGCGAAAAAAAAGGAAUUGAUUAAAAACCUGGGUACUAUUUAUGACCAGAUUCAAAGAGAACAUCAGAUUUCACCUGGCGAUUUUCCUGAUUUGAAAAAAAUGCAAGAGUCGCUUGUUAAUCACGAUUUUACUAAAUUUAAUCCACUGAAACCAAGACUGCUGGAGAUUGUCGAUAAAAUGCUCGCUGAAGACAUUGCCAAGCUCAUGGCGAUGAUUCCUCAUGAAGAAAUUUCUACAACUACUGAACCUCUGAUAAAAGGAGGAGCAUUCGAGGGCGUUGAAGAUCAGACUAGUCCAUUUGGUUACAAACGUGGAGAAGGAGUUGACGCAGGUUCCGGAGAGCCAGAAUGGAUUGUCAACAAAGAACGUUACAAAUACGAUUCACUCUUUGAAAGUUUGGGACCUACUGAUGGAAAAAUAACUGGCUCAGUCGCCAAAGCCGAAAUGGUAAAAUCAAAGCUACCGAACAGCGUUCUAGGUAAGAUAUGGAAACUCGCAGAUGUCGACAAAGACGGGCAAUUAGAUGCCGAAGAAUUUGCACUCGCAAUGCAUUUAAUAAAUGUUAAAUUAGACAAUUAUGAUCUACCAACCACAUUACCCGAUCAUUUGAUACCUCCUUCCAAAAGAUCAUGGGGCGAAUCACAAUAAAUUAAAUUAUUAUUAUUAUUUAUUUAUUAUAAAUUUUAUAAACUCAAUAGGAUUUUAAAAUGAAUUAUAUAAUUAUCGAUUAGUUAAAAUUUUCUAUAAAAAUAAAUAAACAUCACAGAAUUAUUUAUUUAAUAAAUGAACAGAUAAUAUAUUUUUAAUUGAUGCAUUUAAAUAUUUUGUUCUUAAAAUGAAAUAAAAAAUAAAUAAUUUUGUCGGCUGUAUAGAAAUUUACGUGUGUAAAUAAGAAAAAAAAAUAUAGACUUAAAUUGCAUUUUAAUGCAUGAUAAAAAUAUGAAAUUAAAUAUAUAUAAGCACAUACUUGCACAAUUGCUUGAUAAUUUGUUUAUUUUUUUAACAAUUUGUGCAAUUAAUUUAAUUAUUAUUAAACUAAAGACCAAUUUAUUUUUAAAAUAAAUUUUUUAAAAAUGUAUAUUUAUUAAAAGUAUAUAAAUAUUUGUAUCUAUAUAAACAUUUAUAAGAUAAAUUUAUUUAUUUAUUUAUAGUGGAGUGAGAAAAAAAGUAAAACUCAAUCUCCAGUUAUAAAUAAAUAAUUAUUUAUAGACAAAAAUAAAAAUAUUAAAAUUUUUUGCUACAAUUGUACUAAAGGAAUUGACAAUUUCAUAAGUUUUGUAAUUAAAUUUUAACUAAAUUAAUUAGUCAAAAAUAAAACAAAGCUUAAAUUUUAAAAAAAUUUUAAAUUUAUAUCUGUAAUCAUAAAUAUAAUAAACAUUUUGGAAAAUAUUGAAUUUGUAAGACUGUUUCGUAAAAACAAUUGGAUAUGUAUUGGGACGAAAUAAAAAAAAAGUAUAAAUAAUUUUGAGUAUUUCAAAUUCAAAUUUAUAUUUAAAUGCAUGAAAAUUAUAUUAUUUACAUUUUGAUUAGAAAUAAAAAAAUUAGUAUAUUACACACCAAGGAAGGAAAAUAGGACAUUCCAAAUCGGCUGUAUAAUUGCCUCGUGUGUAUACGAUUUUUCACCAGACCUGUACCUGAAAGUUUAAAUUUUUGCUUCUGUUUGUGGGAAAAAUGGCGCACGCGCUAAUUUUUAUCAUUUUGUUUUCUCGUAAAAAAAAAGUUCGACUUUCUUCCAUCUGAACAGGGCAGGAAUUCAAACUUUCGGCGCAGGUAUGGAGAAAAAUAAUUUCGUGUAACUCAUACCGAAGAAUGCGCCACUAACUGGCUAAAGUCAGCCUCUCAAAAUUUGUAUUAAUAUACAAUCCUUUCUGAUUGGUCAAAAGUGUGAUUGAAUAUAUAUUUAAACACUCAUUUUUAUAUUAAACCACUGAAUUUAAGUAAAAUGGGCGGAGUACAUCCCUACUCAAUAAUUCAAGCCAAUAACUACUCUACCAUUUUUCUCUCUUAUGACGUUACUUUGAAUUUAACUACUUUAUUUACAUGACCAAAAU